ACAUACACACACAUAGUAUUGUCAACAAAGCCGGACAAGGGACGUGUGGGAAUAACAAGAGCAAUACACAGGACCCUUCAUCUUUUUUCCUUUUCUUCUUCUUCUUUUUGUUUUUGUUUUGUUUUUGUUUUUUACCCCAGACUCUUGAGCUCCGCCAGCAGGAGGAAGAAGUAGCGCACAAUUGGAGGAGGGACGCAGGAGCCAGAGGUGACAGCAAGCAGGACUCGUCCGUUUCUCUUCAUGGUGGUUCAGAUCCUCGUAGCAUGUAUGAGAAGUUAACCAUGCUGAACCUGCAGAGCGGCUCAAACUGGAGCGGGCCCAACAACUGGUACCACGACCCCACCGGGGUUCAGACGCAACACAGCACAGUAACCGAGGGCUGUCUUCUGGAUGGCGGCAUGGGGGGAGACGCAGGGGGAGGAGGAGUGGGCAGAGGAGGAGGCGUCCCCGUGGAGCGAGACGAUGGCGAGGAGUCUCAGCUGAGGCUUCAGCUGAAGAGGAAGCUGCAGAGGAACAGGACCAGCUUCACACAGGAGCAGAUCGAGGCCUUGGAGAAAGAAUUCGAAAGGACGCAUUACCCAGAUGUCUUUGCCAGGGAGAGACUGGCGAACAAGAUCGACCUACCAGAGGCCAGGAUACAGGUGUGGUUUUCCAACCGAAGAGCCAAGUGGAGGAGGGAGGAGAAGCUGCGCAACCAAAGGAGAUCAGGGGGAGUGAACUCCUGCUCGCAGAGCCAAGCGCCGCUGACCACCUCCUUCAACACGUCCGUGUAUCAUCAGCAGCAUGGCGGCGGUUCAGGGUCCAUGUUGAGUCAGGCUGAGUCGUCUCUGCCCAGCUACAGUUCCCUGUCAGUUUUCUCAUCCGGAGUCCAGUCUAUUCCUCCACAGUCUGCCUCCACCUACUCCUGCAUGUUGCCUCCAUCUCCUUCUGCCCCACGCAGCUUUGACUCGUCCGCGUACUCCUCCCCUCACCUGCAGACUCCACCCUCAGCCAACACUAACACCGGACUCAUAUCACCUGGAGUUUCAGUGCCGGUGCAGGUUCCAGGAACUGAACAGCAGAGCAUGAGUCAGAACCUGAGUCAGUACUGGGCCAGAUUACAGUGAACAACAGACAAUUGCUGACAUCACAAUAAGGGGACGGGGCAUUUAAUAAAUUAAAACAAACUGAAGAAAAAAACAUAUGGGACACAGUGGUUUAAGGAAGCACAGGACUGAGCGAUGGAGGGGCCAUGCUACACUGCAGACCCUGACAUGCAUUAAAUGUUUACAGAUUCAACCAAGAUCAGCUUUGGUUGCACUUAACGAUAUUCUGGUCACGCUGCUGUUUGCUUAGUAUUAAUAUGUAGUAGGACAGCAUGUUUGUUGGACGCAGGACUAAGGUUUGUGUUAGAAAUAGGAUCAGUUUGAGGUGUAUUUAGGAUUAAAACUAAGGGCCCUAUCUUGACAAUCAAUAGCACACAGUAAAAUGCAUAACACUAGUGCAUUUAGGGCAUGUGCAGCUCCACUUUCCUAUUUGCGAGGUGCAUAAUCUAAAUUAUUAAGAGAUGAAAUACAUCUCUUAAUAAUUUAUGGGUGUGUUUUGGGCAUAACUAGAAAUCAACCAAUCAAAUUAUCAUCUGUUAUCCCCUUUAAGAGCCAGGGUGUGACAGAAAGUGAUGCAGUGCUAUGUAGAUGGUGUGCUGGAGGUUCUUCUAGUGAAUUAACAGAUCUGAAAAUCAGUCAGGAGGGAAACAGCCACCAAAGCUCCCUGAGGUGAAGCACUGAAGCACAAAGAUCUUUGUUUGUUUGUUUUGUCUCAGUUAGUGUCUGUGUGAGCUUAGAAAGCGACAUACGGUUCUAUUCAUCACCUUAUGUUUGAGACUCUUUAAUUCAGUUAUUUUAAGACCUGAAGUGGUACACAAUAAAUUUUGCAGAGUACAUUUUGCCUCACUCAAAGUAACUAAACUCUGUUAUAGCAUUAAAUCAGAUAUAUCAGAGUGUUAAAUCAAGAUGUUCACCUCAAGUAAGACCCAUUUAUAUUAUGAUGCAGUUGAUUUUUACGCUGUGGUAGAGUUAAUUUAACUCUGAUUGCGAUGACACCAAAUUACGUACAGGCAGCGUCCACUUUACUUUGCAAAAUUUAUUGCUGUAAUAGUCCAAAAAAUAAAAUGAGCAAGAUAUCAUGAAAUUGGCAAAUAACUUUUUACAAAUUUCUACUGAGCUCAAAAUUCUCAUGUGCACAAUACAUGCAGUGUACACCAAAAAGUAUUGGCAUCAAAUUGGAUGACACCAGCUGGCUAAAUUUAUGUUAUAAAAAUUUAUGUUAUGUUAUGUGUUUGUAAUCGGAUUUAAAAAUCAUCAUGUUUGGACAAAGUUGCUCACAGAGCAGAGACUGGAGAAACGAGGCACAGAUAGAAGCAGAAAUACUGUACCUGCUCAUUGAGGCCCCCCCCCCCCCCACACACACACCUUUUAUGAAAAUUGAUUAAAUGGUCAUCUUAAAUUAAGUGAAUUUCAUGACCCACAUCCUAAAAGCCAAAAAUUAAUCAGCUUUGACACAGUUGGAGUUGCUGCCGCAUCUUACCCGUGACAGCAUCAAUAGUUUUUCAGAGUUUCGUAAAUGUAUGUAUGGGGUGACCAACCAAAUUUUUUGUUUUUCAUGGGGAUAUUUUUUAAUUCAUUAAUUACUUGCCUUUUUUUUAUGUUUUUGUUGUUGUUGCUUUUUUCAUCAGUACCUCAGUCUGAGAGUUUGCAGUCCAAGGUGGAACAAAUCUGGCAGUAAACGUGUGAGCUAUUUGUUAUGAAAGCAAACAUUUUUUUUUUUUAAUUUUAAAUCUAUGGCGGGGUGGACAUUCUGUGAGCAUAAUAUUGGUGCUCGGGCAUCUGCCCACCCCUUUUUCAGACAGAAUUUUGAGCGGCAUGCCCAGGGGUUCUAAUGUGAGAAUACGGUACUAACCUCUUACUUUUUUGUUUGUGUAUUUUUUCUUGUUCUUCUUCUUGUUGUUGCCCCAAAUUUUUGACACGUGUUGGAAAUCUGUUGCCCCCUGGUGGCAGUAUGCAUGCAGUGACAAGAUUCGGGCCUUGAUGUGACACUAAACUUCAUCAGCUCCUCGUACAUAAAAUACCUGUUUGUUUUGCUAGUUUAUCUUCCAAAUACAGACUUAGAAUGAAUAAUAAUGUAAUAUUUUUACAACUGUAACCUUGAAAAUAAUCAGAUCCAGCGGAAAAGCUAAAACUCUUUUUAUUUUUUCACACUUGAAUGCCGGGUUUGAUAUGCUGUUGUAUCACACAGAAGACAGGCUUUUUAUAGUUUGUUAUUAAUGCUAAGUAAAUAGCAGCUGGUGACAUCACUGUGAAGUAUAACCACAGUUUCCUGUUACUUGAGCGGCUCAGUGACGUUGUGAUAAUUUUAUUGUUCCCUUAACUACAAGCCGUGUCAGGCUGUAUUCUACUGUGAACGUUUUAGACCCGCUUACGACAAUCACUUUUGCUAAAAAGAAAAAAGAAAAGAAAGAAAUUCAACCAGUGUAAAUCCUGCCAGCAAGACUCGACUGAGCCUAAUUGCGUAUUUUUGUACAGAUAACUGUGGAAUAUAUCACUGUUCAUGGAGGGAGGAAUGUAGCAAAAUUUGGAGUCACAUUAUUCUCAAACUUAAUGUGUCAGUACAAGCUUUCGCUGAUGACCCUUCGAUAUAUUAUCCUACUGGUCUUAUAGAUUCUCUCCCCAAAACGUUUCUUUUUGAGACAGUUUUCUAUUGAAUGAAAAGUCAAAUACUAGUAAAGCAGUUUAUAUGGUUUUGUGCUUUAGUUUUAAUGUGUGGACUGAAGAUUAGUGGUGAUACUGGGAUUAGCAGUACCUCAUGAUAAAUAAUCAGCCAAUGACAAUCAAGCAUCAUUACAGUACAAACCAAACAGAGAGUAUGCUGCCUUCUGUCAAAAGCUUUAAAAAAAUGAGAAUCAAAGCUGGAGGAAAAGUUGUGCAAUUGUUUCAACACUGUCUGUACAACAGCAAUCGCUUAACUGUGCAUGACCAACGACAAGACAAUCAGUGAUGUGGACCUAACCAUAUUUUGCGGAGUUUCACCUUCUGCUUGCUUUCUUCUGAUGAUCGGAUUCAGUGAAGCAUCUCGGUUGAAGCUAAAUGUCUUUCAGCACCUCUUAAUUUGUCAUUUCACUCGUUCACAUAAGUCCUCUGUGUGGUUUCGGUUGUUGUGUGACUUUGUUGUGUUAGUACUGUAUAGCUAACAAGAGUCAACCCUGUUGUGAAGGCAUUGGAUCCCUUUAAUGAAAAUAAAACUAUGCGUAAGCAAAUACAACUUUGA